AUGAAAAAGCAAAACGUACGGACCAUCUCCUUGAUCGUGUGUACCUUCACCUACCUGCUAAUAGGAGCCGCCGUGUUCGAUGCUCUCGAGUCGGAGACGGAAAAGAAGCGCUGGAAGGCUCUCAGCGCGAUCGAAAAUGUGCUCAUCACGCGCUACAACAUCAGCGCUGAAGACUUCAAAGUCAUCGAGACGGUCAUCAUGAAGUCGGAACCGCACAAGGCCGGCCAGCAGUGGAAGUUCUCGGGGGCGUUCUACUACGCCACCACGGUGCUGACGACGAUCGGGUAUGGCCACUCGACACCGUCUACCGUCAGUGGGAAGAUCUUCACGAUGUGCUACGCGGCCAUUGGCAUCCCGUUGGGGUUGGUCAUGUUCCAGAGCAUCGGUGAGCGCGUGAAUCGGCUGAGCAGCGUGAUCGUGCACGCAGUUAAGACGUCAUUCAACUGCAAAAAAGCGAUCGCGUCUGAGGUCGAUCUGAUCCUCGUCGUCACUACGCUCAGUUCGCUGACGAUCGCUGGUGGAGCGGCCGCAUUUAGCAAAUUCGAGGGUUGGAGCUACUUUGACUCGGUUUACUACUGCUUCAUCACGCUCACGACGAUUGGGUUCGGAGACAUGGUGGCGUUGCAGAAGGACAACGCGCUCAAUAAGAAACCGGAGUACGUGGCGUUCGCGCUCAUCUUCAUCCUGUUUGGGCUGGCUGUGGUGGCCGCUUCGCUCAAUCUGCUCGUACUGCGCUUCGUGACAAUGAACACAGAAGAUGAAAAACGGGACGAAGCCCAAGCCAUACAGGCACUACAAAUCGCGGUCAAGCUCGAUGGGGACAUUAUCACCGGCAAUACAGAUAGCGUGGAUGAGCGAUGUUACGAGCAUAUUUCGGUCAUCAACCCGAUGACGGUGUGUCACAACUGCCCGACCAAAUUCGACAUGACGGAGGGUGGAAAUGGAUGUUUCAUCGAGACGAGCUACCGGUACCCAUUGAUGGACUGCGAGAUGACGCAGCUCCGAUCGCCGGCCGGUGGUCCCGAGCCUGGUCAGCGGAUGCAUGACUUUGAAACCGACGAUGAUGGCCUAAUACGACCGCUCCGAUAUGACUUCCAUCCGAGCCGUGGCCGCGCGUCCGUUUGAACCUUCGUCCUUUGCGGUUUUCAGGAUCCCAGGCCACCACGCACACGUGUACGCGCACCAUGACGACGGGUGUGCGGCAGCUUCCCGUUCACACAUACACACAGAUCUACACACACAUCGCACUCGGCAAACUGGGUCAAUUAGUGGCCGCGAAUCACCAACUUCCUCUAAGUACUUUUGUAACAAAACAUCUCUUCAAUGCGAAUGCGUACGAAUUGGUUUACGAUAAGCGUAGCGUAAUAAGGCGGUUGAGUCAAGUUUUAGCAAUGAUAAAGACAAAUUAAAAAUUCCGGGAACAAUCGGUUCGAGCGUUACUAAUAAAAAAAGCAAGAGCAAUUU